UAAAUCCUCAUUUUAUUGAAAUUUUUUAAUUAUAAUUCAGGAACAUAUGAGUUCUGUAAUGAAAUGUGCAGUACAGAUGUUGGGUGGUUUUCUACAGAUGGUGAAAGUGUCUCACCAAUAAAAAAAAAAUUAAAUAAAAAAACAAAUGACAGUCAAAAUACUCUAUCAUUUCCUUCUCCACCAUCUAGAAUUCAAGAAACAAAUAUCGAGUGUGAAAAAGAAUGAAAUAUUACCAAGUGUGAUUGAAAAAAAAAAAAUACACAAACUGAAGAAAAGCAAUAUAUGGUCAGAUGAUGAAGAGGUUCAUUUUGAGGAGACCUGUGGAAGUUCACAAGUCCAAAACGAUUCUGAGAAAGAACAAUUAACUAAUAGUCUGUAUAUAAGAAAAGAUGCAGCUAUGUUGCCAAUUAAAGGGUUUCCUUUAACUGAGUCAGAAUUUCAAGCAAAAGUAAUGAAAUACCUGAUCAAACAAGAUCAAAGGCUUGAAAGUAUUGAGAAAAUUUUACUUAAUUUAACAUCUUCAACAGUUGGAGUAACUAAAGAAAUAUCCCCAGUAUGUGAUUUGACUGAGUUACACAAUUUAGAGAAGAGAAUAGAAGAUGAAGAAGAAUUUAAUAAACUAGUUUUAUCACUCUCUGCUGCUGGGGGUAAAGAUGUUAAAGAUUUUGUGAAGAAUAUUAUGGAAAGUGUGGUUACGUAUGAUGUGUUGGCCAAGUUUAAUUUUCGGGUAACUAAUCGCCUCGAAAAAAAUAAAGAGCCAAGACCAAGUAAAGAAGCUUUUAAAAGUCUUAAUAUAUGCAAAAUUGUGUGCUGUGCAGCAAUGAAAGAUAGAAAGUUUUUUUAAGAAGACGUGAUAAAUUGUGUAAAAGAAAUUUUACGUUAUGCUCCAGACAAGGCCACAGGUGGAAGGCGGUUUUCUGUAUAAAACUUUAAAAUUAUAAAAGCAUAAAAUAUAAAUUACUUGUUAACUUAAAAA